AUGGCCCAGCAAAAUACGAAAAUGCGCCCGGUGCUGCUGAAGCGGAACAGCCUGGAGUCGGUGGCGUUCGCCAAGCAGCCGCACCACCGCCGCAGCAAGUCUCAGCAGGUGCGGUUCAAGGAAGAUGGGACCAGUAAGCCUCCGCCUGGCCUGGCCGGGGUGGACGUCCACGCGACCGAGGACCCGGCCGUGAUGGGCAAGACCCAAGCACCCAGACACCAUCCCCUCCCCGCCUACUCGCUCUCCUUCCCCCGGUCCCAGAAGGCAGGGGGCUUCCGGAACAUCGCGAUCCAAACCUCCCCCAGUCUCAGGAAGCAUUUCCCGAUCUUCAAAAGGAAGAGACUCACAGCCAGUAAGUCCCUGGUGGAAAUGCCAACAGCAUUCCCAAGUGCCAUCCAGGUCAACGGCAACCUCUCGGAACAGGACAUGGUGGCUUCUGACCUCGCCUGCUUACGGCUGGCGCAGCACCUUGAGGACGGGCCUCGCAGGGUCCAGGUGUCGCACCCGUUUCUCCCUCGAAUGCCCAAGGUGCAGAGCAACGGGCCGGUUAGCCUAUGCUUGGAAGCAGGAGCUGGGAGAGCCUCAGAGAGAGCAACCGCUGCCAUUCAGGUCCCAGAUGAUAUCUAUCACAGCCCGGCCUGGGCAGCUGGAGAGCCCGCAGAGAUAAGCAACUCCGUCCACCCCUUGGUGGACCUGUGUCCAGGUGAUGGGCGAAGAGUGCUGCCGUCGGAUUCAGAAAGACCCCCCUCCUGCUUGAACGCCACCAGCGGUGCCAACCCCAUGCCAGGCACAGGGAAACUUAAACCUGAAUUGCUUUUGCCCAAAGACAACUCUGGGGACCCAGACUUUGGCCCACUGUCAUCUCUGUCAAAGGAAGCGUGUGCUCCCUCGCCUCCACGGACUCACGGCUCCCCCUCGCCAGGCUCCCACGGACAGCCAGCCCAUCCAGGAGGGGCUUCGGACUGUCCGUCAUCGAGCAGCAAUCACCAGGACCUGCCGUCACUCAAACCGAACCACCCAUCCAAAGCUGGCCCUGCGUGUCAGGAGCGGACAGCAAGGAACCCCACCCAGUCGGACACCCUGGAGUUUCGAAACUGUCCAGGGAACGAUCACCUCCCGUCCUCUCGUCCAAGGAGGGAGAGCAAACUUCAGAGCAACAGGGAGAUGAGCCAGAUUCACCUGGCCCGGGGCGAACUCUGCGACCUCCAGGGCAGGCUGCAGUCCGUGGAGGAGUCCCUGCACUCGAACCAAGAGAAAAUUAAAGUCCUUCUGAAUGUAAUUCAAGACUUGGAGAAAGCUCGGGCUCUCACAGAAGGGCGCAACUUUUAUCGAACCGGCCAAGAUCUCAACAAUUGCAGUACCUGCCAGAACACGGCGUGCAUCAUAUACAGUGUAGAAUAUGAUUUUCGGCAGCAGGAAGGCAGGUUCCAUGAAGUUCUACAGAGUCUGGAGGAAGCAGAGCCGGUUGAGGAGCCAUGUCCCCCACCAAAGUCCACAGCAGAACCCCCUGUUCCUGAGAAACAGGACUUAAGGCGGAAAACCAAGAAGGUGAAGAAGAAAUGCUUCUGGUGGAUCUGAGCUUGUUGGGACCAUGCCCUCUGCCCUCCCCCAAAACCUCCCUGAGAUGGGGACCACUGCCCUCAGGUCUUCUCUACUUCUUAGCAAAGGCCCCAGACUGAGAGCCACUCAACCCGCGAAACCGGAAAGACUCCAGGGCUGGUGUAGCCGCUGCGGGACCCCUGACCGCCAGCCUCACCUGAGUGAGUGCCACUGUUUGCUGAGGGCUUCACGGACCCUAGAGUGACCACUUGCCUAGUUCCCCAUCACACACAACUAGGCCACAAUCCUGGUUUGCGAGUCUAGGUUCCCACCCUGAACAAAGCCCCCAUCGACUCUCCAACACCUCUAUGAUGCUAAGCACUUCCUUCUCAUCCUUGGUUUGU